ACGAAAUCCCAAUUCUGGUCGGAGAUUGAAAUGUAAAAAAACCCUAGAAGCCAUAUAUAACCCUAGAUUGAAAUGUAAACUCUUCCUCUCUCUCUCUCUCUCUCUCUCUUGUUGUGAAAUUGAUUCUUAUUGUCUUCUCCAAUUGACCAGAGAUGACAACUAAAUCAAAGGCUCCGUCAGUAGAUCCAGGCACUGUGGGCAAUGCCUUUGUUCAGAAAUACUAUACCCACCUUUAUGAAUCACCUGCUGAAGUUCACAAAUUCUAUCUUGAGAACAGUGGUCUAUUACGGCCAGGUCUCGAUGGUCAGAUGGUUCCUAUCAAAUCCUUGAAAGCUAUUAAUGAUCAGAUCAUGUCCAUUGACUACAAAAACUCGGAGAUCGAGAUUCUGACUGCUGAUUCUCAACCAUCUUUAAAGAAUGGUGUUGUGACUCUAGUCACGGGUUUAGUGAUUGGAAAAGAUGGAGGAAGAAGGAAGUUUUCUCAAAGUUUCUUCCUUGUGCCUCGCAAUGGAAGCUACUUUGUGCUGACUGAUACCUUUAGGUAUGUGUCUGAUGUGGUUUUUGAACCAGAAGCUACCAAGGAGGUUGAGGAGACUCCUGAAGUCAUCGAGCCGACAGAGAGUGUAACCGCAGAGCCUGCAAAGGAAACUGUAGAGGCGGUUAUUGUCCCUACUCAAGCUAAAACUACGGUGACAAAACCCACAAACGGACAUGCAAAUGUCCCCAAUGUCACUAAAGCUGCUGAAGCCAAACUCCAAGAGGAGGCUCCCAAGAAAUCCUUUGCAUCAAUUCUUGUUCAAUCUCUGGCUCAAAACGGAAGUUCAUUCCAUGUUACAGCUUCACCAACUAAGCCUAAACGUGUCGAGAAACCGACUGUUGCUCCUGAGCCUAAGGCUAAGGCUCCUUCCCCAAUUCCUGGACAGGCUUCUGCUAAAGCCAUUGAACAGCCAGCCAAGGGUAGUAGUUCCAUAUUUGUUGCAAACUUGCCUAUGGAUGCGACUAUCGAUCAACUCUAUGAAACCUUCAAAGGUUUUGGAGCUAUUAGAAAAGAUGGUAUCCAAGUCAGAAGUUACCCGGAACAUAAAAACUGUUUCGGUUUUGUGGCAUUCGAAAAUGGUGAAGCAAUCAAAAAUGUCUUCUUGGCUCACAAGGAAUCUCCAAUCAUAGUUGGAAACCGAAGAGCAUCUAUUGAAGAAAAGCGAGGAGCUAGCAACAAUCAAAAUGGCAGCAGAUCCUCUGCACGAAACAACGGUGGUUACUAUAGGAGUGAGAAUGGUUACAGAAACGAUGGAUACAAACCUCGGGGCAAUGGUGUCAAUGGAGGACGAGGCUAUGGCAGACGGAACAGUGAGUCUGAUGGGGAUGGUAAAACACACCAGAACAACGGCCAUGGCAAUACUGAGGCCAAAAACUAGACUAGUUUUUGCUUCUUCCAAAUUUUGCUCAUUGGUUGAGAAUCUGAGGUUUUAGGCUAUGUUAAAACAGAUUUUAGUUUUCGUUGAUAUUCUAGUUGAUGAUCUUUUCGGUUUGAGAUUUUGUUUUGGGAUAAAUCUGGAACAUAUUUCUUCACUCUUUGAUCUAUGCAUCCUCUCAUGAACAAAGGGGAGAUAAAAAAUUAAAUUGA